ACGAAUCGGUGAAAGGGGACCCGCCUUCAAGGUGAUUUGAAGAACGAAGAGCCGCGCCGUAUCUUUCCUCUCGUAAUACUGUCGCAACAUCCUUUUUAAAGGACACUACUUCAAGUGAAGCUCAGACUCUCAGUAUAGAGAUCUACAUAUAAAGAUGGCGACGAUGGCGACGAUGACGACUGCAGAGGCUGUUGGCCCAGCUACGGAGUGUGCUCCGAAGCACAGGGCUUGUGAUGAAUGCCGCACGCGUAAGCUAGCUUGCACCAAAGAGCCCGAGGGCUGCUCUCGUUGUAAGCGCGAGGGCAUCGCCUGCCACUACUCUCCCCAGAAGCAGAUGGGUCGCCCACGAAAACGUCCCCGAGAUGAAUCGAGCAAUGACACUACGAAUGCCGUCUCCGCGAAUAAGAACGCCAUGACCGAGAUCCCGCCGGAUACUGAAGACCUCGGCUUGUCUUUUAUUAACUUUCUGGCGGCGGGCGAACCCAACGUUAACAAUCUUGACGCGCCGAUAAGUUCGCCGCAAGAGAAGGGCUUCUCGUGGUCCUUUGGGUACGCGGGGGAUAGCCUUGGGGAUGUAGGCUUCGACUCUGUACCUGAGACCGCGCCGUCGUUCUCCUCGUUGAAUAUCGACCCGUCCCUCUUUGUAUCGGCGGCAGACCUACCGAGCAUAGAUCAACUGCCGAACCUAACGCCUAGUUCAGCUGCAACGCCCGAAAGUGUGGGAAGUUCAUGCAGUACCGCCCCAGCGGCUAAGCCGACGAGUUGUGCGCAUACCGCGGCCUUAUACCUCGCCCUCGACUCGAUGCAGAAACAGCCCGAAGGCGUCGAAGAAUCGAUCCGGCACGCGCGAAAAGCGACGAAGACGGCUUACGACGCGGUGUACUGCCCCGUGUGCUCGUUUAGGCUCGAUCCACCAGAUCACAACUCGGGGCCAGAUAUCAUGCGUUCAUUCCAGAACCUAAUGCUGCUCGCAGCCCUAAUCCCGAGCAUCGUACACGCCUACCAGCGAAUCCUGCAAGCCGUCGACGAAGAAGCAAGCCGAGCAACAGCCGAGCGGCGGCGCCUCAUAUUCCGACUGCGCGGUUUCGGCGGCAUCCUCUGGGGCUGCGGGUCGGCGGAAGAAGAUAACAUUUGCAUGGCGGCCGGGACGCUGGACUGUCGGGAGAUGGAGCCGGCGAUGUGGCGGCUGACGGUGCGGGCGCUGCUCAAGGCGGACGUGUACGGAUUAUCGGACGUUGAUACGACGGAAGCGGAUACGUUGCCGAUACAUAUUGGCCUGAAGGAUAUCGUCAACCAGAUGGAGCAGAAGAGCCGGGCGCGGCACGCUCUUAUGGAUGCGCUGGUAGCAACGGGGAAUUGGCAGCCGCCGGAUUGUGGGAUGGCGCUGCAUACGCAGGGAGAGACGCCGACGUGCCAGAAGGUUAUUGCGAUUGCGAAGGCGGCUAUUGAUGCGUUGGUUAUUGCGUGAGAACGGGGUAUUGGGAGGUGAUACUCGAUUGGGUUAUCUUAUGAUUGCUCGGUCAAGUCAAGGAGUGAGGCUAAUGACGGCUUCGCCUUGCCUGCCUGGCUACUACCUACCGACCUACCGACCUACUGCAAGACUGAUUUUGCUCUAGGUUACCAAUUCCCUGGACCCUGGUUCAUAAGAUAGAGCAGUGAGGCCUUCAGAUCCUAGGUAUCCGGUAUCGACGCUUGGAUAUGUAUCUCUCUUAUCCGGCCUUGACAUCUACUUAAGGAGUAGUAUUAGGGAAUAGGGACUAUAUCACGAGGGCCAGGAUGACGCCUCUUGGGGAGGUUGAUUGGCAGUACAUACCCUUCGCUCAUUGUCGGCCUUCCCGGUCACGACGUGCUGGACGUGUUUCCUCCGCCAUGGGCAUAACUACAUACUACCGUUGAUUGGUCUAACGCGAAAAUGGUCGUGAUGGGAACCGGAUGGGCAUAUGCUACGGGAUCAAAAGACUCUAUGUCACGGGAUUCCCUAAAGUGGGAUCAAUUACGAGAAUAUAGUAAGGGGUCUAUAGCUGUAUAUUAAAUACGUUCAGAAUAGCUAGAUAAACGCUAGUAAUUACGAACUCACUCAACUCAGUCAUUACUAGUUGA